CGGCUCCCUGGGCACCGCCUCUUCCGUGCGCGGAACCGGAAGUGUGGCGGGAGCGCCGGAAGUUGAAGGGAGUUUCCUGCGACCUCGGCUUCCUCAACAUGGCAGCGCCCUUAUCAGUGGAGGUGGAGUUCGGAGGUGGCGCGGAGCUCCUGUUCGACGGUGUGAAAAAGCAUCAGGUCACCUUGCCUGGCCAGGAGGAGCCCUGGGACAUCCGGAGCCUCCUGGUCUGGAUCAAGAAGAAUUUGCUAAAAGAGCGGCCGGAGCUGUUCAUCCAGGGAGACAGUGUGAGGCCGGGAAUUCUGGUGCUGAUUAAUGAUGCAGAUUGGGAAUUGCUGGGUGAGCUGGACUACCAGCUGCAGGACCAGGACAGCGUCCUCUUCAUCUCCACUCUGCACGGGGGCUGAACCCCACUCUGUGCCUGGGCCCCUUGGAGGGGAGAGAAGAGAACAAUCAGACAUGCUCUUGGACCCUGCUUCCAGAUCUCCCUAUCCCCUUCCGUUGUUUUCUUCCCCGAUCUGCCUGUCCCCUGGGUUCCCUCCAUGCAGGGAAAAGAGGCCAGGUGCUAAAAUGAGCCUUUCGCAGGCAGGCACGUGAGCAGGGGCAGGCAGGCAGGUGCCUGAGCCCAGCAGCUGAGGGGGGAGGGUGCCCUCUGGCUUGUCACGAGGAGAGAGGGGCUCGGGCCAGGUGACCCAGCUGCCUUCCACUCCUGUGUCUCAGUCUAAGCACUGAGAGACCGCUGACCAGGCGCUCCAGCGCCAGGUCACGGUGUCUUCAUGGGGAAGAUGAAUGGCCUUAAUAGCUGAUGGGAGGCCCCUCCCUCCUCAAACAUUGGAGGAGUCCCCGCCUCAGUUUCCCCAUCUGGACAGCAGAGGGCUCUGCCCGUCCCCCACUGAUAUCAUUAUGGAACCCCAGCUGGGGUCCCCUAUUCAGAGCUACCCCCCUCCCCCCAACUCAGCAGCUGCUCUUCCAACCACACCCCUCCUUCUGCUCCCCCCAUCCACAGCCCUUGACCCUGGCUGGCCUUCCUCCCCCCACAGGCCACCAGAUGGGCUCCUGAGACCCUCCCCCAGCCAAAGGCUGCAGCUCGUUCUGGGGAGGAGGGAGGAGGUUAACCUUGGACUAGCAAACAGAAGCCUGAAAGGGUCACCGUGCCUCAGUUUCCUCCUCAACAACUGAGUAAUUAUAGUAUCAGAAAGCAGGGCUGAUACUGAUGUCACAAAGGUAGACUUUAUCUCCCUUCCCACCGCCUGCAAGAUGCAGGAUGGGGGCAGGCAGCACCUGGUCGGCAGGGUGGCUCACCCCUCCUCCCUCCAUCCCUUCUGGAAGUCUUGGGGCCUCAGUGCCUGCAACAGCUGGCCUUGGCCAAAUAAAAGACUAAGUUGUUUACUAGCCUUGCCUGGAGCUCUAUCCUUAGAAACCAAUGGCACCCCACAAUCCCUCGGCCAUGGCCUCUGGUCCAGCCUCUCUGUCCCCACCCAGGGCUUUCAGAGCUGCCCUUCACCCCAAAAGGGGGCAGAGGUUGAAACCCAGACUACCCAGCCCGUCUAGGGGUGACCUGACAGGCCAUCUGGAGAAGGGUCAGAGCCAGGCGGUGCUGACCAGUCUGGGUCCCAGUCUGUCUGAGGCCGGGCUUUGUCCCACCAGCUGCAGCCAGCAGCCCCAGAACCCAGGAUGGGGGGUGGCAUAGAUAAGAUUGCUGAACCCCUCCUUCCCAAGACCUGGAGAAAAGCUUUGGUUGCUGGAGGGAGAUCUUAAAUAAAUAAAUCUGAGGGCAGUAACAUCAUCCUGCCCCAAACA